AGCAGAGCAGUGGGAGGGAACCAGGAGGCUGGGCCAGGGGCGGGUUCCAGCCUUGGGCAGAGUCUCGCCUGCGCAAGCACAUGAGCCCGACUUUCUGCCAGCAGAACAGCGCUCUCGGGGCUCUGGAAGACUGAGGCGCCCCAACGGCGAAAGCAGGAGCCGAGUCCCCAUGGCUUCUCUGAGCCGAGCCCUGCGUCUGGCCGCCACCUGUCCUCACCGGAACCCUGCCCAGGGCCUGGGGCCACGUCCCCGGACUGGCGGGACCGGCCCCACCACCGAGAAGAGCGUGCCGUACCAGCGGACCCUGAAAGAGGCUCAGCAGCCCUCAGCGGAGGCCCAGGGCCUGAGCCAGCCCCUGCCCCGCGCGGCCAGCGUGGUGGUCAUCGGCGGGGGCAGCUUGGGCUGCCAGACCCUCUACCACCUGGCCAAGCUGGGCGUGAGCGGGGCGCUGCUGCUCGAGCGGGAGCGGCUGACCUCCGGCACCACCUGGCACACGGCAGGCCUGCUGUGGCAGCUGCGGCCCAGCGACGUGGAGGUGGAGCUUCUGGCCCACACGAGGCGCGUGGUGAGCCGGGACCUGGAGGAGGAGACGGGGCUGCACACGGGCUGGAUCCAGAACGGGGGCCUGUUCAUUGCGUCCAACCGGCAGCGUCUGGACGAGUACAAGAGGCUCAUGUCGCUGGGCAAGGCCUACGGCGUGGAGUCCCACGUGCUGAGCCCAGCAGAGACCAAGGCCCUGUACCCGCUGAUGAACGUGGACGACCUCUAUGGGACGCUGUACGUGCCACACGAUGGUACCAUGGACCCCGCCGGCACCUGUACCACCCUCAGCAGGGCUGCCACUGCCCGGGGAGCACAGGUCAUUGAGAACUGCCCAGUGACGGGCAUCCGUGUGCGGACGGAUGACUUUGGGGUGCGGCGGGUCGCGGCCGUGGAGACAGCGCACGGCUCCAUCCAGACGCCCUGUGUGGUCAACUGUGCAGGAGUGUGGGCAGGUGCCGUGGGCCGGAUGGCUGGAGUCAAGGUCCCGCUGGUGGCCAUGCACCACGCCUACGUUGUCACCGAGCGCAUUGAAGGGAUCCAGAACAUGCCCAAUGUCCGCGACCACGACGCCUCCGUCUACCUGCGCCUGCAAGGGGACGCCCUGUCUGUGGGCGGCUAUGAGGCCAACCCUGUCUUCUGGGAGGAGGUGUCAGACAAGUUUGCCUUUGGCCUCUUCGACCUGGACUGGGACGUGUUCGGCCAGCACAUCGAAGGCGCCAUCCACCGGGUCCCGGUGCUGGAGAAGACAGGGAUUAAGUCCACGGUCUGCGGCCCAGAGUCAUUCACGCCGGACCACAAACCCCUGAUGGGGGAGGCGCCCGAGCUCCGCGGGUUCUUCCUGGGCUGUGGGUUCAACAGCGCAGGCAUGAUGCUGGGCGGUGGCUGUGGGCAGGAGCUGGCCCACUGGAUCGUCCACGGGCGCCCAGAGAAGGACAUGCACGGCUACGACAUCAGGCGCUUCCAUCACUCGCUCACGGACCACAGCCGCUGGAUCCGCGAGCGCAGCCACGAGUCCUACGCCAAGAAUUACUCCAUCGUCUUCCCCCACGAUGAGCCCCUGGCCGGGCGCAACAUGAGGAGGGACCCCCUGCACGAGGAGCUCCUGGCCCGAGGCUGUGUGUUCCAGGAGCGGCACGGCUGGGAACGGCCAGGCUGGUUCAGUCCCCAAGGCCCAGCUCCGGUGCUCCCCUACGACUACUACGGGGCCUACGGGAAGCGGGCGCACCAGGACUACGCCUACAGCCGGCUGCUGGGCGACGAGUACACUUUCGACUUCCCGCCCCACCACGACGUGAUCAAGAAGGAGUGUCUGGCCUGCAGAGGGGCUGCCGCUGUGUUUGACAUGUCCUACUUCGGGAAGUUCUACCUGGUGGGCCCGGAUGCGAGGAAGGCAGCCGACUGGCUCUUCUCGGCCGAUGUCAGCCGGCCCCCAGGCUCCACCGUGUACACCUGCAUGCUGAACCACCGAGGGGGCACGGAAAGCGACCUGACGGUCAGCCGCCUGGCCCCCAGCCCCCAGGCCUCCCCGCUGACCCCGGCCUUUGAAGGGGACGGCUACUACCUGGCCGUGGGCGGGGCCGUGGCCCAGCACAACUGGUGCCACCUCACCACGGUGCUGCAGGACCGCCAGUUCCGGUGCCAGCUCGUGGACCGCUCUGAGGACCUGGGCCUGAUCAGCAUCCAGGGUCCGGCCAGCCGGGCCAUUCUCCAGGAAGUGCUUGAUGCAGACCUGAGCAACGAGGCCUUCCCGUUCUCCACCCACAAGCUGGUGAGAGCUGCCGGGCACCUGGUCCGGGCCAUCAGGCUGUCCUUCGUGGGGGAGCUGGGCUGGGAGCUGCACAUUCCAAGGCCGUCCUGCCUGCCCGUGUACCGGGCUGUGAUGACAGCGGGGGCCAAGCAUGGGCUCGUCAACGCCGGGUACCGGGCCGUCGACUCCCUGAGCACCGAGAAAGGCUACCGGCACUGGCACGCUGACCUGCGGCCAGAUGACAGCCCCCUGGAGGCGGGUUUGGCCUUCACCUGCAAGCUCAAGUCUGCCGUCCCCUUCCUGGGGCGCGAGGCCCUGGAGAAGCAGCAGGCCGAGGGCCUCCGCCGGCGCCUGGUGUGCUUCACGGUGGACGAGAAGGUGCCCCUGUUCGGCCUGGAGGCCAUCUGGAGAAGCGGCCAGGUGGUGGGCCACGUCCGCAGGGCUGACUUUGGCUUCGCCAUCGACAAGACCCUGGCCUAUGGCUACAUCCGGGACCCCAGCGGCAGGCCGCUACGGAGCCCUGGGUCCCGGCUGAAGCUCUGUGUUCACUUGCCCGUGCCGAGGUGGGGGUGCAGGCCCCAUCACCUCUUCUUUCUAAGAACAGUACAGGUCUCGUGGGACUUUGUGAAGAGCGGGGACUACGCUCUGGAGAGGAUGGGGGUGGCCUACCCCGCCCAGGCUCACCUGAAAUCCCCCUUCGACCCCGGCAACAGGAGAGUGAAGGGCAUCUACUGACGGGCCUCGGGCCAUCGGGAGGCCAGCCACCUGCGCACUGUCCCACGCCGUCCACCCCCAGGGGCCCCAGGACCCCGACGCCGGCCAGCACGUGGGUUUCCCUGCCUUCAGUCGAGGCCUGCUCACCACCUCCCGAGCAGACCCGUUCUGUGCUCACUGGCCACAGGGUGGUCCCGAGUCCACCCCACCCCCCAAAGCCCACUCUUAACACAACUGUAGCCCCCAGGAGCCUCUGAGGCGGUGCCUAGAAAACACUCAGCCAGGCCCCCAUCAAAGCAGGGAGACAAAGAGCUUCCCUCUGGGUCCCAGUCCCCGAUAGGCUGGCUGUCCAGAGCGGCGCUGGCCAGAGCAGCCCUUCCUGCCCUGACCUCUCAGUUUCUCACCCGGGAAGCCUCUGAGUUCGCAGCCCUGAAGCCGGUGCCAGAGCGGGGGGGGGGGGGGUGCAUCUCAGAUGGGCGCCCUCCCUCCCCUGCGCAGAAGCCCCCCGUCCUGCUGCUUUGGCUCCCGAGGGCCCUGGCUCUCCAGGUCGGGAGGAAGGCGGGAUGUGGGGGGGACCUGGCAGAACCCUCCUGCCUGGUGGCCUCUGUCCUUGCUGUUUGAUUAGGACACAGAUCUGGUGUCCCUGCUCUUCUGACCCACCCUACCCGCAUCCCGGGCAUGGCCUUGAAAGGGGUGACUCCCCUGCCGCUUUCCAGAAGCCUCUAGAACUCUCCUGCGUGGAUCGCUGGCUUCCUGCCAGGGCCCAGCAGCCCAACAAAGCCACACGAUGUGGUCAUGCCCUGAAAGCCCCGCCCUGUGGGGAGAUGUGGGGCCGGGGGGUGGGGUGGCAGACCCUCAGGGGACACGGGGAACGAGGCUCCCGCAGACGCAGGCAGGAGGCCCUGCUGGCCCCGCUGCUUUCAGAGGCACACACUGCGCAGCCCCGCCGGGGACCAGGCUGGAGCAGGUCAGGCUAAUAAAGCUGAGGCCGUGAGAAGACAGGCGGGUUUCCA